AUGCGACUGGAAAAGACUCUGAGGCGGGCCGAGCUAUCACAUUCCCGUUUUCUGUCAACCAACACGAGCACCGGCCCUGGCCUGGAGAACUGCAUGGGCCCUGGCUUUCGGAUGGACCUUGGCCUGCACUCUCACACAACAGAUGGCCAAGAAACGCAGGACAGGGCUGCCUACAUGCAGCAAAUUUCGCCAAUGAACCCACCCAAGAUCGAAAGACAUAAAGGCUCAGAUCCAUUCCAUUCUUUCUUUCUGAAACCCCAGGAGACACAAAUCAAGUCCAGGUACCCGGGCACCUCUUCAUCCUUUCUCACUCUCAUCUUCAACCUAAUAUCAGCCAAGAUGGUCCGCCUCUCCGUCCCGCUCACCAUCGCAGCCACGCUGAUCGCCAGCGGCAUGGCCGCAUGCUCAAACACUGGGCAGGCUCAGAUGGUCACCUACGUCAAGCGAGCGACCAACCUGACCCAGGAGCAAUUCUGGGACUACUGGCAGACCCAGCACGCCCCCAAGGUCGCCCCCUUGGCUGUGCACUUCAACAUCACGCGUUACCAGCAGAUCCAAGUCGGGGGCCAGAUUCUUCCCACCGAGGCAGGUUCAACCGUGCCGGCAUCCGCCGUCCCCGUUGACUUUGACGGCAUUGCCAUGUUCCUGUACAAGUCUCCCGCGGUCCUCACGGCAAUGCUUUCUCACCCUUACUACCUUGCUGUUGUUGAGCCUGACGAACAUGUCUUCAUCGACAAGGGUGCUUUUGGUAACGGCAUGGUCGCAACAUUUGUUGGUACCGACAUCGAGAUCGUUGAUGGGAAGCAGGAUGUGUGGGUAGGAAGUCAGGCUACGCGGGAAAAGUUCCAGAAAAUUUUUGAGUCGUACCUGUAG